AGGACCUCCAGCACAACACACACACAAAAGACACAACACCUCCUGUUUGGCUGGCUGGUGUGCAUGUUCCACACCGCGACCACACCGCAUCAGCACCACCGAACAGUAGUGCGACCAAACAACCAAGUACACACGCACGUGAAGCGCACACACACACACACACAUAUAUCGCUUCACCCUUGUGGUGCCGCCAUGGCCAGUAAUCAUGGCGUCGGCGUCAAGUACGCCAUCAUCAGCUACGAUACAAGAUGUUUUGUGGCUCGCGUGACUUCCACGCAGUCCCAAAUUGUGGAGCUGAUGGCAUGUGAUGAUCGCGUGUUUGUAACGCACCCCUUCAAAGCCAGGGAUCUUGGGAACUGGUGCCGGGACAACUUUGGACCAAACUUUUCGAGGAAGGACUGCGACCGUGUGAUUGGCGUGGUGUACGGCUCCUCUGCAUGCUACGUCCUCUUUGCUCAACGCGUGCGGCGGCAGCACGUCUUCCACCACCACCACAUCAGCACCCUCGGCACUAUCGAUGCAAUUUCUUGGCACCACCAGGGCUUGACCACGGACCCAUCAAAGCCGCAUUGGCGGGACAUCGAGCGAUUACACCUGGCUGCUGCGUCCUUCUUCUCAGAUACACUCGAUCUUGCUCGCCCCUUUCCACGCGCCCUAUCUCCGACCACCACUGUGCGGGAGCGGUUUUCGUCACCGCACGUCUGGAACGCAGCGGCCGCCGAGCCCUUCAUUCAGGCUGAUCUCGACUGGUGCCCUCCUCUCCUCAGCGGCACAGCCAUUCCCGCGUUUCAACGGCCUCACGGACAGCAGGUUCUCUUCGUGUCGCGUCGCAUCUGCCACGGCUUCAAGCCGUGUCUCAUUGCCGCUGGUCUGACAACGACGAGCGACCACGUUGCCAACGCGUUUGAGUGUGAGGUGGUGGUGAUCAGGUCACCGCGCUCCACGCUGAGCAAGCAGCGAAGUGCCACCGCCACUACCACCAGCAGAGCACAGAACAACUCUCCCUCCCAUCACAAUCACCACCACCAUCACCAUCACCAUCACCACCAUGCACAGCACCAGCAUCGACAGCGCCGCAGGGAAGAUGAUGAUGAUGAUGAUGAUCGUGGUGAUGGUGAUGUGUUGGAUAUUCAUGCUGUCGUAUGGAGACACGGCUCACUGCCUGCGCUCUAUCAGGUGCUCCCUGCCCCACCAGCAUUACCAACACGACAACAGCAGCCGCAAGCGUCGUCGUCGUCGUCGUCGUCCCUGGCUCAACGCCGGCAAACACACCAGCAAGCACCACCGUCCUGUGCACUCACGCUGCUGCCUCGCACCAUCGAUCCACGUGACAUGCCACCACCGCCACCGCCGCUGCCGUCGUCAUCACACCCGCUGCACUCGCAGGCCCACACGCUGGACGACAGCAUCACCGCCACGCUCUCCACAUCCGCGCACGAUUGGCAGAGCGAUACCGCUGCCUCGGAGGUUGGCAGUGACGUCGACACACUCGACUGGCUCGCCUUUGACAGCCCGCACGUGCUGCUGGACACGCCCACACUCGAUCACGUGGACAACCUCUUGCACGGCGAUGUGACGUCACGCCAGGAGGACCGCCCUGCCUUGAAGCUCCUGACGCAAUACUGCAAGUCUGCUGCCGUUCGCUGCCCAACUGUGAACAACUACACAAGUACAGGUGACGACGGCAACAUGUCAUCACCAGCAGCAUCCCCUUUCCACCACAUGCUCACGAGCAGCGAGCACAACAACUACAACAACAGCAGCAGCAGCAACAAUUUUGGCCCUUCCACACCACACGGGCGGUACAACAUGCAAUCGACCUUUGAGCACGUGUCCAUCGUGCUGCUUGGGCGCGACGGGAUGAUUGACGGUACCAACACGGGCGGUGAUAGUGGUAGUGGGGUGAAGGGAAAGGGAAGGGGUGUUGGGGACGCUGGCAAAGGGAACGUGAAAACGCAACGGCUAAAGAUGGUCAAUGGUAGUACCAGCAGCAGCGAUGUUGUUGGUGGUGUUUGGAAGCAGGCUGGCAGCUCGAACACGGUCAGCCCGGUAUCAACACCACGCAGCAAGGAUGGCGGUGGCGUCAUGGAUGCGUUUGGAUUUGAUAAGGCAAUGAGCGUGGGCGAUCAUGAUGGCGGUGCCAGUGACAGUACCACUGGUGCUGACAGAGCUGUUGAAGAUGACGCACGUGUUGUCAAUGAUGCCGUGGAGGAAGAUGGAGAGACGCGUGCAAACGUCCACCGUGCGUGCUCGCGUCUGUUAGCGAAUGCACUGCAAACGAUGGACUCAAUAUCUGUGCAUCGUUGCUCGCUCACGGACACCAUUGAGCAUCUGAGUCCUGCUGAUGCGGCCAAGCUGCUGACGCGCACGCUGGCGGUGGACAUUCGGGCCGGCGGUGCGACACACGCACGCGUUGGUCGCGCGCACGCUGUUGAGGGGAUGGUGCAACAGCAACAGCAGCAGCAAGGAGAAGGUGUCAUGGUGCAUGUUGAGAACCAGCAGAAGCACAUCAUGUGCCUGCACAGUGAGCUUGGACUGGACGCUUGUGCACAUGCAUCUGCCAUCUUGGCCUCUUACUACCUGCUCAUCUUCCAGCAGCAACAACAACAACAACAACAACAACAACAACAACAACAACAACAACAACAACAACAACAGCAGCAGCAGCAACAGCAACAGCAACAGCAACAGCAACAGCAACAGCAACAGCAACAACAACACCUUGACUGGUCGCUGCUUGGAUCGCCAUUUGCGGUGUGUGAGAACAAGCUGGGUGCACAUUUGUCCAAGUUUGUUGCGCACGCCAUGAAAGCCCACCUGAGAGCCUGCACCCUGCUGUAUUGCCCAAUGGUCAGCCAUCGCGUUGAGCUGCACCCGCACUGGCAGACGAGGACGCUUUCGCACAUGCAGCACGUGUUACAUUCUCAUCAACACACGGCAGCUGCAGGCACCAACACUGCCGUUGCAACAGCCAAUGGCAGCAGCAGCAAGGCGCAACCCUUGUCAUCUCGGCUCAAGCGAGGAAAGGCAGCAGCGGCAGCAAAGCCAUCGUCAUCAUCAUCGCACACGCGCGUUUCAACUGACACACUCGCGCGCGUGCGUGACCCACUACACGAUGCGCUGACAGGCAGCAAGGCGUAUGCCGCCAUUGCAUCGUCACCACAGCACCCACCGCUCACGCCAUUCUUCGUGUUCAGCACAGCGGCAGAGAGGAGUGCGCUGUGGAUGAACAGCCCCAUGCUCAUGUACAGGGUGAACCCAGUGCUGGUGGCGGACAGUCGCCCGCUGCGAACAGAGGUGCAUCUUGCUGCCUUUGAGCUGUCACUGCCCCGUGCCGUCACCCUGCGGCACCUGCGCAUAUACGGCGCACUGCUGCGCACACGACAGCGUGUGGUCACCACCAUCUCCGCUGGCCUGUCCAAGGACAAGCAGAUCCCGCGUAAGACGCUCGCCCUGCCGCUGUCGUCGUGCCCGACAUCUGUGUUCUUUUCCUUCAACGACGCGCCACCGUCGUCUGUGGUGGCCUCUGUCGUCACAGUCGCCUUUGAAGCGCGGCAGGCGUUCCAGGUGCAGGUGGACCGGGUGGAGGUGCUCACGCAGAUUGACGACACCUCGUUUGAUCCAGACGAGUUUGAGGACAUGUUCCACCGCCACGCGCCGCUGUCUGCCGCCAUCACGCCGCACGCCACCCGGCCCGCAUCGGGGCUGGCCAUGCACUCGCCAGCAGGCGUGCACGACAGCGAUGGCAGCGGUGGCGGUGAUGAUCGAGAUGGUGAUGUUGAGCAAUUCCUUGGCGGUGGCGGCUCUGCAUGGCUCAACACUGCCAGCAAGAACAGAGUAGCCAGUGGCGAUGAUGACAACGACAACAAUGGGAGUCCAUCACUGGAGGAGAUGCGCCCGUUUUCAAUGGCGGACCACUUUGCCAUGCAGGAGGACUUUGAUGCCGUCGAGUCGGAUGUCAUUCGGGGAGAGCCCGUACCGCUUCGCCGCAGCACCACCUCCCCUCCGCCGUCACAACAGCAGCACCCUCAAUACCAUCACUACGUGCUUGGUGGCGUGGAUGAUGGCGCCCACUCGUCGCUCGCUGGCCACAAACCGGACACCCCGCCGCUCGACGUCUUCUCAAACGCCACGAGCAACGAUGACAGCUCGGGCGGGGUGCAGCGGUUUCUACAGGCGUCGUCACUGGAGGCGAUGGUGGCGGGCACAGGAGCACGCGUGCGGGGCAAUGAUGGUGGCAAUGGUGGUGAUGGUGAUGAUAAUGAUGAUCGUGGUGCUGGUGAGGAUCACAGUGGGCCAAAGACGCUACAGCAGCAGCAGCAGCGGCAACAGCAGCAACGGGCGAAGAAGUCAUCACGAGGGCCCACAAUCACACGCGUCGGAGAAUACGAUCGUGAAGAUGACGACGAGGAUGGGGAUGAUGAUAAUGAUGGUGAAGAUGGCGGUGGGGAUCGUCGCACUGAUCGUCGCAGUGAUGAUCUCAAGGCAAAUGGCGGUGACUUGGAUGAAGAUGAAGAUGAAGAGGAAGAUGAGGGGAUGGGGGCACUGCUGGAUGCGAGUGAUGCGUUGCUGCAGACGCACGAGGCGGCGAAUGCAGAGGAAGAGUGCAUGGUCAAUCUGCUGGACAGCAUAUGCACGCGCCAACACGCCGCGAUGCAGUUGCCAGACAUCGCGAGUGGCUCUGUUCGCGUUGGCGACGUUGGCAGCGUGUCAUGGCCGCUUGUUCGCCUCAUCCAAGCCACCCUCUCUGCACCGCACCCCCUCGUUCUCCUCCGGCCAGAUUCGACGACAACCACAACGCUGUUUGUGACGCCUGAUGGUGGGACUAUGUGUACGUUUCUGCUUGAUCCGCGUCUUACCGGACACAGCAUCCAUCUCAGCGCUGUUGUGGUCGUGAACGCCGUGUGUGGAUGGCGCGCACCACCACACACGCACGGCCGCCACCAUGCGCCGACAACCGUCUCGUGCGAAGUGCUACUCGGGCAGAGGCCGUCGCGCAUGAUGCAAUCUGUGGUGACGCGGCCUCUGAAUUCUGGAGCGUCGGAUCAAACACGUUUGCCGAUUCGCCACCCCCCGCAAUUCGUUCGCUACGUCCGCCUUGCAUUCUCCACAGAUCACCCCGUUGGCGUGUCCAUCCGCUUGGGCCACGUCCGCUUCGAGGCAAUUCGGCACGAAUAGUGGAGGCAGCUUUCAGCACACAACCGUUAACACAUCAACACAACACAACACACACACACAUACACGCGCAAUACAUAUGUGCACAUACGCGCGCACGUGCUCCCUUUGUCAUUUGUACAUGCACAUCCAAUACACGUCAGGAUAGGAAA